AUGCCGGGAAAUCAGACAUGGGUCACAGAAUUCAUUCUCCUGGGAUUUCCACUCAACCCAAAGAUGCAGAUGGUCCUCUUUGGUCUCUUCUCUCUGUUCUACAUUUUCACCGUACUGGGGAACGGGGUCAUCCUGGGGCUCAUCUAUCUAGACUUGAGACUGCACACCCCCAUGUACUUCUUCCUCUCACACCUGGCCAUUGUUGAUAUUUCAUAUGCUUCCAACAAUGUCCCCAAGAUGCUGGCAAACCUUCUGAACAAGAAAAAAACAAUCUCCUUUGCCCCGUGCAUAAUGCAGACCUUUUUAUACAUGGCUUUUGCUCACACUGAGUGUCUCAUCUUGGUAAUGAUGUCCUAUGAUCGGUAUGUGGCCAUCUACCACGCCCUGCAAUACACUGUCAUCAUGAGCUGGCAAGUGUGCACAGCACUGGCUGUCACUUCCUGGGCAUGUGGAUCCCUCCUGGCCCUGGUCCAUGUGGUUCUCAUCCUGAGGUUGCCCUUUUGUGGGCCUCAUGAAAUCAACCACUUCUUCUGUGAAAUCCUGUCUGUGCUCAAGCUGGCCUGUGCUGACACCUGGCUCAACCAAGUGGUCAUCUUUGCUGCUUCUGUGUUUAUCUUAGUGGGGCCCCUGUGCUUGGUGCUGGUCUCCUACUCACGCAUCCUAGUUGCCAUCCUAAAGAUCCAGUCAGGGGAGGGCCGCAGGAAGGCCUUCUCCACCUGCUCCUCCCACCUCUGCGUGGUCGGGCUCUUCUUCGGCAGCGCCAUUGUCAUGUACAUGGCCCCCACGUCCCACCAUCCUGAGGAGCAGCAGAAGAUCCUGUCUCUGUUUUACAGCCUUGUCAACCCUAUGCUGAACCCCCUGAUUUACAGCCUGAGGAAUGCAGAGGUCAAGGGUGCCAUAAAGAGAGUGCUGGGGAAACAAAGAUGA